AUGGCCACCAAAAAACAACAGCAAAGGAGAACAUUUACCUUUGUGGACUAUGACAUCAACCGGCGUGGUGUCACCGAGUCUGCAAGAGCACACUUGAUGAAGGAUCGUGUCAGGUCCAAAAGAGAGGCAAGACUGGACUGGCUGUCAAGAAAUCGGGCCUCUUCUCUGCGUGGGAUGCGGCCUAAGAAGGAAAAUGGUGGGCGGACACCAGGGUCUGUGUGUGCGGCACCCGAGCAGGACAACGUGAACUCCGGUCGUGAUCCCAUCACGUGCUAUGCUGCAGUGUUCGAUUUCCAGAAAGACAACAUGGAAUCAUUACCACUCACAACAAACCCAAGGUCCGUAUCACCACGCCUAAAUAGCGGGAUACAAGUCGAUACCUUGCAGAGGAUCGGAAAAGAGAAUGAUUGUGCGGAGCAGCGACUGUACAGCAGAUAUGAUGGUCGGUCCGUGGAAGAACGUGGCGAUCAGAUAAACGAAGCCAGGUCGGCAGAUUCGCCAGCGUCUCCACAGUCAAGCCCAAACACUCCAGAGAUAGAGUGUCUGAGCACAACACCUGAUCCCAAGCGGCGGAGGGACCUGGAGUUCGGUUUGCCGUGUCUGAACAUUGCCAACACCCCACCUGUACAGACAAACGACGUGCACAGAUCAUCCUCACUGCCCAGUACACCAGCUGCCAGCCAUCUCUCACCGGGCAUCGACACUUCUGCCGAUAAGACGACAAUUACCCUGGAGCCGCCGGAGAGGAAUUUGAUUCGGUACUUUGCCUCGCACGCUUGUACAAUGCUUGGAUUUGAUCGGUAUCCUGACAUCGUCGAGAAACAUGACCCUGUGCUCAAAUUGUUCAUCCCUUUUGCCCUGUGCAGCCAGUGGUGCUUCGAAACCAUGGUGCUGUUGCACAGUGCGUAUCACCACCGGGGAAGCGUGGUGUUGCUGGACGAAAUGGUGAUGGAGGCUGAAAACCAAUAUCUGGCUUCUAGACAGAACGCCAUUCUGGCUCGCACUCGAUCCAGAAUCUCCGCACUAGCUUUUGAUGGGGACUCCAGUGACGAAGACGUGAUAGCAUUUCUCUUCCUGGCAGUCUCAGAGUACCUUGCCGGCCACCGACAGAUUGGGGUCAUGCAUUUCCGAGCGUGGAAGGAGUACUGUGAGAUGCGGCGAAGACUCGGAGUGCGGCCGUGUGGUUUGCCGUGCAAGACUAUCGUAUGGUGGUGUGUUUCGAUGCUGGUGGGAGACGACGUGAUCUUAGACUCGAUCCUUAGUCCUUCCACCAGGGCUCAGGUGAGGGACGAUCCGACCAGGCUGUUCCGGUAUUUCGCCCACCACAGCAAGAGCGAAACCGCAGCUCAGACCGAGGGGCCAGUAAGGGCGAAACUGAGCAGACACGGCACCUGUUGA